AUGACCACCAUUAUUGAACUACCACCAGCAGAUAGCGAAGAGCCUGCCAAAGUCUUUGUUGACCGCCACCGUUAUUACACCUAUACCGCCGAAGAAGACGAAGUCACCACACACCCUAACUGGGUAUUCAUACCGAUGCCCAAAGGUCUGCUCGGCGCUUUCACAAAGCAUGGGAGAAUGGGCUUUGCAUUCGAACACUAUGUCGACGCGAAGGUCUUCGAUACCUCAAUUAAUGGCGUAGGUGAUGUUCCCUAUAAACUAAAGGCCAAUCCUGAAACCUCCUAUUCUGUUGCCAUGCUGUUGCCGGUCGGUGAGAUUAACGGUCUUGAGUGGCUAUCUUGCAACCCUGUCAACAGCAUCUUUGCUGACUACCUUCGGCAUCAUGAACACCUCAAGAAGUUUCCGUCUCAAGGUCAUCAGGCACAACAUCUUUCGUGUAUUUCCUAUUGCAGUGCACCAGACGUUGUCCUAGUCCAGACCAUAAACAAGAUGGCAUUGACAAACGCCAGCCUCUCAGGGCUUGAAACUCUCGCUAUAACAUGUCUGGUGCAGGCAGGCUUGUUCAGCCGCAAACUUGAAAGCUCCAACCUCGUAAACGGAGGGACGAAAUCGGCGCAUCAACGUGAUGCAGAACUACGAGAUAUACGUGUAUCCUUGUUUGAAUCGGUGCAGAAUCUUCUCCUGAUGGUGACGCCGCCCGAGUUCAUCCUAACGCAAGGAGUCUCUGCACGCUUCAGGGAUCCUGAUCACGACUAUGUCACCCUCCCAUACGGCACGCUGAAGAUCGGCGAUGAGCGACAAAUGCAGAUUCGGGGCAUGCAAAUGAUGGUUAUGCGUAAUGCGCCGGAAAGGGAUGAGGGUGAAUGGAGGCGAUGA